UUUUAUAUAUAAAUACCAAGCUCCAACCUCUACUACGUACUCCUCUUCAUAUUCUUCCAUUUCCAUAGAUCAUCAUCAUCAUCAUCAUCAUCAUGGGUGUUUUCAAUUACGAGGCUGAGACCACCUCCGUUAUUCCAGCAGCUAGGCUGUCUAAGGCCUUUAUCCUUGAUGGCAAUAACCUCAUCCCAAAGGUUGCACCUCAAGCUGUUAGCAGUGUUGAAAACGUUGAAGGAAAUGGAGGGCCAGGAACAAUCAAGAAGAUCACCUUUUCCGAAGGCAGUCCUUUCAAGUACGUGAAGGAGAGGGUUGAAGAGGUUGACCACACAAACUUCAAAUACAGCUACACCGUCAUCGAGGGUGGUCCCGUGGGAGACAAAGUGGAGAAGAUCUGUAACGAGAUAAAGAUUGUGGCAGCCCCUGAUGGAGGAUCCAUCUUGAAGAUCUCCAACAAGUACCACACCAAAGGUGACCAUGAGGUGGAUGCAGAGCAUAUUAAGGGUGGCAAAGAAAAGGUUGAGGGUCUUUUCAGGGCGGUUGAGGCCUACCUCUUGGCACACUCUGCUGAAUACAACUAAAAACCUUAAUUGUCUUUUGGCUUUCAUUUUGUCUUUAAUUUCGGCUUGCUAAUAAAGGAUUUGCGGUUGUGAAUUGUGAUCA